AUGGAUUCACCGGCCAUUUCGACGGAUGACCACCUCAAGCUACUCGUGCGCACGAAGUUUGAUCUGCGAACGUUCCAGGGCCUCGACGCCUCCGCUGGAGCUCAGCUCAUGGAGGUGCUGGCUGCUGAGCUGGAGCACCGCUUGCCGUUAGACUGGCCCAACCAGCACGGGACGGUGGCUGCGCUGGCACAACAGCUUGGCUCCCACAUCAUGGAGGUGAAGAAGGAGGAGCCUGGCCGAAGCAAGAGCAACAAGACCACGCUGACCACGCCCGCAAAGGACGCCAAGGGGAUCAAGCAGAUCGAAGGCAAGGGCAAGAAUGAGGUCGAGCCGAACGUUCUGAGCACUUUCAACCGAGCUGCCGUCAUGCGGGUCAUCCAGCAAGUUGGGUACCUCAUGCGGGAUCAACACAAGAUCAUGGACUCGGUGAUGGGCUUGCAGGACGAAGACACCACGAAGGUGGGCGAGGGCGUCCGCCAAGGGCGUUUCGUGCUGAUGACGGAUCGUUUGUUUGACAUGGCCGACCGCGCGCCUCAUGACCACUGUUCCUUCGUGCUGGCUGUCGUCCUGUUUCACAUGAUCAUUCGGGCGCUAUCACUGCGGCUCCUGUACCACCGCGCGGCAAUCAGCCUGCAGAAGAGGUAUAGAUACCUCAAGAAGAAAAAGAAGUCGUUGAACGCCGUGGCGCCGGCCAUCUGCAUUCAACGCUUCUGGCGCGGCCUUCGGGCCGGGCUGCAAAUUGCACGAAUGGAGAUGGCGGUGGAAAAAAUCCAGCACACCUACCGGGCCAAGCGUUGGAACCAGCGCGCGGCGAAGUUCUUAGAGGCCACGCUGCGCAUGCAGCGCGUGUGGCAAGGAGCGCUGAUCCGGCUGUGGAUUCGAAGGCUUCACGCUUCGGCCAUUGACAUUCAGCGAUAUGCACGCGGACUUUUGGUACGGGUGGCUCUGGACAGAUUCGGCCGCGAGUUGCUGAAGAAGAGCCAGGCAGAGCUGAACGGCCUCAACCGAAGGAGAAGCGAGCUCAGCGAAAGCGAAUACUGGGCCCGAGCUGCCUCUUUGGUGGGCAAGUGCCGCAUCAAUCUCAGCAAACACCGGGAUCGAAACGUCGAUCUUCGAAGGAACGCCGCGUCGACGCUGAAGUCCAAGCAGGCGCGCAUCCUGGACAAGCAGAAGAAGAUCAAGAUGAAGGGCUCUCUCCAGCCCAUCCGGCAUUCGGUCUUUGAGAACUUCUGCGCGGUUGCGAGGCGCACUCAGGACCAGGCGAUUCCCGGUCGAUUCGGUGCGGCUCGCUCGGAAGUGCUGGAAGAGGUUCGCAAGUGCCACCGGCGUCUGAAUCGGACCAUGGCGGCCGACGAGUAUGCCGCUGACCCGAAGAUGAAGACUCCGGUGCAUGCAGCUGCGAAGCGCGGGCAAGCAGCCAUGCUGGUUCAGCGCAACUCGAAGAAUUAUGAAGCAGUUGCGAACAAGCAGACGCUUCUCCGAGACGACGAGCUAGAGUCAUGGAUGAGACAACAGUUUCAGGUGGUCGGCUGA